AUGAGUGCUGCCACUGCUCGCAUUCAGCCAAAAAAACAAACUUUAGAAGAUGCUUAUUCUCCGCCUGCCAACUUCUUAGAGAUAGAUGUUUGUAACCCCCAAACUCAUGGAGUCGGCAAGAAACGAUAUACCGACUAUGAAGUGCGUAUGCGGACUAAUUUGCCCGUCUUUAAGUUGAAAGAAUCUGGUGUGCGUCGGCGUUAUAGUGACUUUGAAUGGUUAAGAAAUGAACUUGAAAGAGAUAGCAAGAUUGUGGUUCCACCUCUUCCUGGAAAAGCCUGGGAAAGACAGUUACCAUUCCGUGGUGAUGAUGGUAUUUUUGAAUCAGAAUUCAUAGAGGAGAGAAGACAUGGUCUUGAAUCAUUUAUUAACAGAGUUGCUGGCCAUCCAUUAGCCCAAAAUGAACGUAGCCUGCACAUGUUCCUCCAGGAGCCUGUCAUUGACAAAAACUAUGUUCCAGGAAAGAUUCGAACAACAUGA